AUGGAUAUUCCUACUGCAAAGUACAGCGAGGAAGAUAUGAAGGCUGCCUUGCAGCCUACCGAACCAGAGUUCUUCAAGGUUAAGGUUUCCAAGAAGAAGAAGACUCGUAGAAAGGUCAAACAUGACACUACUGCGUCUACUAUCAGGAGACACAUCAGUGAGUCCAAAUGGACAAUUUCCAACUGGUAUCGUCAUAUUCACUGGAAGAAUGUAGUUCUCGUUGUAAUUGUACCUCUGCUGGCGCUUGUGGGCUCCUUGACGGUGCCUUUGACCAGGACAGGAUUCUACUGGAUGGGGUUCAAUUACAUUAUCACAUGCACGUUUGUUAUUAUGGGUUACCAUAGGUAUUGGGCACACAGAUCAUUCCAGACCACCAAGGAGAUGUCCUUUCUGUUUGCCAUGGUAGGUGCCAGUGCAGGCGUUGGUUCCGCCAAAUGGUGGUGUGCUUCUCAUAGAGCUCAUCAUAGGUUUUGCGACACCGAGAGAGACCCUCAUAACAUCCGAAAAGGUUUUUGGUACAGCCAUUUUGGUUGGAUGUUGCUGAUACAUCAUCCAAAGGUACAGGCGGCAAUCAAGGAAAGCGAGUCUGAGGAUAUAAGCUCCGAUCCUGUGAUACUUUGGCAGUAUGAAAAUUAUUUCCACAUGUUUUUAGUGACGGGUAUCUUAAUUCCCGCAAUAAUUGGCUGGUGGUUAUUUGAAGAUUUUGCGGGUGGGCUUGUUUAUGGUGGACUGGUAAAGAUCUUCUUGGUGCAGAAUACAAUAUUCUCCGUGAACUCGUUGUGUCACUGCUGUGGAGAUCAGCCCUUUGAUGAUGCCAAGAGCAGCCGAAACAGCAUUUUACUCUCUUUGAUCACAUUUGGAGAAGGACAGCACAACUUUCACCAUGAGUUUCCUUCUGAUUGUCGUAAUGGUGUGGAAUGGUAUGAUUUUGACCCUGUCAAAUGGGUCAUAUUUACGCUAAAUGCGUUGGGCGUGAUAUAUAAUGUUCAUGCUGCGCCAACUACGGCCAUCAAUCAGUUGCGAGUACAACAAGCUCAACGAAUCUUGGACAAGGAACGGUCUCAAUUGAAUUGGGGGAUACGCAUUGAUAAAUUACCCACACUUACAUCAGCUGAAUUUUCGAAAUUAGCUAAGGAAUCCCAACCUGAACGAGCUUUGGUAGUGAUUAGUGGAAUUGUCCACGAUGUUACACCAUUCUUGCAUGAUCAUCCUGGAGGCGUGGCGUUAAUUAAAUCUUCUAUUGGGAAGGAUGCAACUAAUGCUUUUAAUGGUGCUGUAUACUCCCACUCCAAUGCAGCUAGAAACCUAUUAGCCACAAUGAGGAUUGCUGUAAUUCUAGGCUCUGAACAAGAAGUAUGGAAACAACAACAGAAAGAGAAUAAAGACGUACCACUGAAGAAUGAUUCAGAGGGAAAGAAAAUUGUUCGAAGCGGAGAACAAAUUACGAUGACGAAAACGCCUUCCACUACGGCAGGAGCCGCCUAA